GGCAAAUGUCUAUCUUUGAGUUCUGCUCGUUUGUUUGGUGGAUCGUUGUUAAGUAGAAAUGAGUAGGGUAAUGAGCCAACGGAAUAAAAAGUUGUCCAUUAAAGAGAAUCAGUCGAGCCAAGGAAGAUAUGUACCUGGGUUGGAUUCUGAUUUGCUUUGAUUUCAUUCUUGUUGGUUGUUGCUGUUCUGUUCUUUUAUACAACAUAGCAGUAGUAGCAGCAGUAUGUGAAGCACGCGAUACCCCUUUGGGACUGGAGACUAUUGUUCCAACACAGCCAAUCUAUUAGAUGCCUCGAAGCGAAGUUAUUGAUAACUUUGCUCUUCCAUCUUCUUAACAACUCUCUUCACAACUUUUCCCCCUUCUUCACAUAAAUGUUCAAACUCGACGCACAACCAUGAGAUUUCCAAAACUAAACUCCCCAGCUUCGAUGACUGAAUCAACAACAGAUCUAGAUAUGAUGUACAACAAUCCAUCAGCACCAGAAGAGGCUGAUCUCCAAUCCUCGAAAACGGAUAAUGUUUGGAACAAUCUAAUUGUACCGCACACCGAGUUAAUCAAUUCCAACACUUCAGAUCUCAAUGAUCAAACUUCAAGUCCCCUAACCGCGAAAAACCUCGAUAUUUUGAGCAAUUCGGCACAUUCCAGUCCCAUAAAACACAGAAGCAAAUCGUCAAAAGCCACAACUGUUCGUUCUAGCUCAGUUGAAGAAGUUUUAAAUCAAGAAGAAGAAGUUUUAAAUCAAGCAGAAGACCAAGAUCGGCAGGAGCUUCCAGCGAUUGACAACAGCACAACAGCAAAGACCAUAGCUAGCAUAUUGGAUAGCAAAAAUCCUGGCCUCUUCCAGUUACUCAAUAUUCGAAGUAUAAAUUUAGUAGGGGAUCUUGUAGGAAGACUUAUUCAUUUCGAUCAUCGCGACCCUAUCCUCCAAAGAUAUCAAUAUUUUGAACCACACCCAGUAGCCGGAUCGAACGGCCUCCUUUCGUGGCUCACUUCGCAGGAAAAAAUGGCAGAAGGAAUCAUUGAGUCUGAAAGCCGGGAGUUCUUUCAUUGGGGAUGGAAUCCAGCAAUCUUUUCACGAGCAGUUCGACUGGGCCUACGCGCUCCUUUCAUAGUUCCAUAUGAGAUCAGCACGGUGUCUGGAACUUGGUUCAAAGGAUCCAAUAAAAUAAACAGAGAUAGAUUGGCUUGGGAGGUCUUAUAUCAAGCAAUUUUUCCCACAAGUGGAAUGAAGCAAAACUCUUAUGAGUUUCAGGCUUUGGCACAUGAUUUUUACUCUGGAAAAGAGGUUCAACAUGCAGAUUACUACGCUCAUUUGACGGAGCCGGAUACAUCCUCCUUAGAAAAGGGUUCAGCGACCAAGCUUUUUCAUAUCACAGCAAUCGAUAUGGGCGAAUCCAGGCAGAAUCUUCACCGUAACCUGUAUGGAGGGACUGAGGGCAUAGAAUCUGCCAAACUCAAACCAAUUGUAGACCUUUUCCUCAUCGAACUUAUCCAAAUGAAUGAGAUUGAAAAUGAGCUCAUUCGCGUAGAGAAGAAUAAAGGCGUGGAAAAGUCGAGUUUCACAGUCACCAAGGUCCAGGGUACGGAGGUUCGACGUUCUUCAAGGUAUCACGAAUGCCUCCAUAAACUCAAUACUUUGGAAAAAAGCAAGGAGGAGCCAGGAAAAGCUGUGGCUAGAAGUGUUUUGGAGGAUUUUGUUCAAAAAAUCAACAUCCAUGGACUGGACUCGAUGAUAGGAUCGGAAACUUGGUCUGUAACUCAUAUCCGUACCAUUCCGACAUUAGAUGAGCCUGCUGAGGAAAUUACCGUCGUUGAGGCCGUUGCUUCCGUUACACCUAACAAUACAGGUGGUUCAUUUCCCCCUCGGUCUACUUCACCGCUAUCAAUUCCAGAUAUUCCAGAGUCAAAGACAGAGACAGCAUCUAGAAAGAAGAAGAAGAAGAAGAUAAAGGGUAAAAAUAACACAAAGAAGGUUUUGAAGCAGGAAAGCGACCCGAAGUCUAUAGUGGCGGAAGUCGGAAGUCAAAAUUCUGAGGCCAUUAGCAAGGAAACUCCUUCCAUCGCAUCUGACCCCUUGAACUACCAUUUCGACGAUGCUAGGGAUCCAUUAAUCGAGGACGACUCGAAUUGGGAGAUCGUGAAACCCAAGCCUAGCAAGGCAAAGGGCCUACAGGCUACCAACCAUAAUCGUGCAGCGCAUUCUUCCAAAGCGUACAAAGAUACUUUCAUUAGUGCCAAAGUCACAUCCAGUCAUAAAGUCAGUCGAAAGAAGCCAGAGAUACCCGCAAAAGUACCAACUCAGACUACAGCCGCUGCUUUAAAGAGCGAUGAUAAGUUUGAGAUCGAGAGCUUAAAUGACUUCCCAGAAAUGUUCUCGCCUUCAAAGAAUGCUGUACAACAACCCCUCGGAGCAACCAAAAAGAAGUCUACGGUCAUAAUGAUACAAGCGGUUUUGCCAAAGGUAGAACCAGAAACUCCAGCCAAGGAGGAGCCUGCAAUCCUGCUGGAAGAACCUCUUCUGCCAAGUACAGACCUUGAUAUCAGCGCUGUUAUUGAAGCCGAAAUUCAUCAUAGUCGAACAAAGGUUCCAAUUCAACCGGUAACAAUCAUGUCAUCGCCUGUUAUUUCGAUAAAACAGGCCAGUCUUCCUAUGGAAGAUUCGUCUGAAGAUGUCUUUAAAUUCGCUAAAAUUGGUGCUUCUCCAGACAUUGAGCCCACUCGGACCUUAAUCGAUGAAAUUAAGGUAAUGAACUCUAUCAACUGUGGUUCUAUUAAGGAUGGUUCUACUAGUACCAUGGGCACUGAGCCUGAAGUUGAAAAUAUCACUACAACUUUGCCCAGAAAACCAUCACCUCCUGGGCUUACUUUGAGUCGUGAUGCACCAAUUUAUCUAGGAGAUUUCGAUGGUCCCAGCCAAACAGUCGAAAAAAGAUUCCGAAGUUCUUCAACUAACGCCAUGAUAACCUCGGGUUCCCUUGGUUUUGACGAUGAUGAGGAAAGCUCUGAUCAUGCAAACUCCAUCAGGCCUGCAUCUGUUUCUGAAAUUAUGAUCACAAAGUCUAUAGCGGAUACCUCUAGUAAAGUCUCCUAUUCAAAAACAUAUCCACGGAUGCUGCCACUAGCAAUAUCACUGGGUUCUGCUACUGGUAAAUUCAGAUCAGUCCAAAAUCUGUGUGCUGUUAACUACACAUCUUCUAAAGCCGCUGUUGGAAAUGCUCAUAUAAUGGCUACCUCGCUCGUCUCUGGUAGCGCAUCUGUGAAUGCCAUUGUCAACAACGCAUCCGAAGCUGCAGAGACAUUCGUCUCAGAGGCUUGUACUGGCAUUCAAGACACCCAAUCAUCUGUGGAAACUACCCCGAUGCCUGUCGGUGGGCCUGUUACAAUCACUAGCUCUCCAUUAACUAUUCAUGGCCCUCAACCUCGGAGCUUCCGUCCAUCUUUGAUGGAUUUGGAUUCCCUAAACUUGAACUCUGAAGAAGCUGCCCCUCUAGGAAGUCAAAGACAUACUCAGCAGACAAGUGUAGCAAGUCAUGAUGGUGCAGGACAAAAUUCGUCUGAAUUUUCUAAUGGUUGGAGUCGACAACAACUAUCAAGCAGUGCUAUCAUUAAUGCAGGCCCACGUACACAUACGGAGCCGGAUACAGCCCGAAUACCCUUCUUCUGUACUUAUUGCAACGACUAUCACUACGCUACAAUAGACAGUCCUAUGAUUCUAUGCCACGCUUGUGGUCCUGAUAGUGGUAUCAAAUAUUGUUCAAUCGCAUGUCUUCUAGCAGAAAGCCUUGCUCAUGCCGAUGUUUGCCAAGAAUUUUUGUAUGACUCCGAGACGUUCACAAUCAGUCGCCCAACUGCGUAUCAAAUAUUUUACACUGGUGUUCUCGCGGCUCCUCUCACGUUCGGCACUACAUCUAAAAAGUCCAUCUAUGCCUACCGCCAAAAAGUCUUUGCAAUGUAUUGUAGUAGCGGACCAUUUCCAAAAAUUCGUGCAGCAUGGGCUCGACGAAACAACACCUUACCCACUCUUCCGGAACAAGGUGCAAUUGAGGCCGCCAACAAGACCGGUAGUUAUUUUGUAUUCAAAUCUGCUUUGACAAGUAACAACAAUCUCAUGAACCUGGAUAGCACAGUCAUCUGUACAAUCAAAUUUCGUCCCAACGAUCGUAUGUUGCAAGCGGUCGAUCGAUGCCUUGAAUCUUGCUUUGGAUUGAGUCACGACCACCACUACGCUGUCAAAGAAUUCUUGUACAGACUCAUCAAGGAUCUGCUUUCUAAUGAUGAAUCCUUUGAUUGCUUUCCACAAACAGAAGAUCGAUUAACUGUAUUGCAUGAAUUCCAACAUCAAUAUGAUCUAGAAUUCAAUUUUGACGCUGAGAUGCAGAGCGCGCGAUCUGACAAGUUUGACUUCGAGUCAGAAUGGUCUCUCAUUGAAUAUCUUUUGAGUUUAUCAGACUCUGAGGAAUUGGUCUAGAUAUCAGAUGCUAAGACUUUGGAUAUCUUGAAAAGCAUGUUGAUUGUUGGACAUUCUAUUCAAUGAUAAUGUGAGCUAUAGUACAAAACAUUACCUGCUCAUCAUGCUAUACGACCUUCACCUUCAAAAAACUAGGAUCUCAGACACGAUCA